AGAAGAAAAAUAAAUAAAAAUAGUUAAUGAAGCAAAUGAGACGUACGCGAGUGAACACGCACAAAUACAAGCCAGUGAGACAAGACAAGAGGCGCUGCUGCAAAGGUACUAUUAGGAAUCCUUGAAACCAACCAGGCGUAGCUAACAAUUGCAAUAGCAAGCAAGUAUGAGAGCCGCCGCUACUGGUCUUGUCGGAUGAGCCAUCCUGCUUAACAGAGAGAGACAUGGGCAAUUGCGGCACCAGGGAGGAGUCGGCCGUCGUCUCUACAGCCCCCCAAUAUCAAGUUCAGCAGCAGCACCUCCAGCUCCAGGCCUCCUCAUUGUCCUCUAGGCACUCAGCUACCGGAAGAAAGCAGACUCGCUCCUUUUCAGAUCCAAUCGAUUCUUCGACACCGCACAACUUCGAAGAUUUCCGUAAGAACUCCCUGCUCUACACCCACGUCAUUGCUUUUACUCUCUUCGAGCUGGAGACCAUCACGAAGAGCUUCCGCUCUGACUACAUUCUUGGAGAAGGUGGUUUUGGAACAGUCUACAAAGGCUACAUUGAUGAGAAUGUUAGAGUCGGGCUUAAGUCUCUCCCUGUUGCAGUCAAGGUGCUAAACAAAGAAGGUCUUCAAGGCCACCGUGAAUGGCUGACCGAGGUCAACUUCCUUGGCCAGCUCAGGCAUCCUAAUUUAGUGAAGCUGAUAGGUUAUUGCUGUGAGGAUGAUCACAGGUUACUUGUUUAUGAAUUCAUGUUCCGGGGAAGCCUUGAGAAUCACCUGUUCCGAAAAGCUACUGUUCCAUUAUCUUGGUCAACAAGACUGAUGAUUGCUCUUGGGGCAGCUAAAGGGCUUGCUUUCCUUCAUAAUGCUGAAAGGCCUGUUAUUUACCGUGACUUCAAGACAUCUAAUAUUCUGCUAGACUCUGAUUAUAUGGCCAAACUGUCUGAUUUUGGGCUUGCAAAAGCAGGGCCGCAAGGUGAUGAAACCCAUGUAUCAACUAGAGUAAUGGGAACCUAUGGUUAUGCUGCCCCUGAAUACGUCAUGACUGGCCACCUUACUGCGAGGAGUGACGUUUACAGUUUUGGUGUUGUCCUUCUGGAGUUGUUGACAGGAAGGAAGUCUGUGGACAAGACGAGACCAAGCAAGGAGCAAAGUCUUGUAGAUUGGGCUAGACCAAAGCUAAAUGACAAGAGAAAAAUGCUGCAAAUCAUUGACCCUAGAUUAGAGAAUCAAUACUCACUGCGUGCAGCUCAGAAAGCUUGCAGUUUGGCGUACUAUUGCCUGAGCCAGAACCCAAAAGCUAGACCUUUGAUGAGUGACGUGGUUGAAACAUUGGAACCUUUACAAGGCAAUCGUGCUAAUGAAGUUUCUACAUCAUCAUCCUCAACUCCUACCCUUCUAUGUGGUGGUAGUCCAUUUGUAUCAGGAAGGAUUCCUGCCAGCCGGAUGCAUCCUGGAUUUACUGGCGCUGUUGGAACUGGUGUUGGCUGUCGAUCCUCCAAUGCAAAUUGCUCCCCGGGCGGCCCUGGGGCUUGCCGAGUCAGAUGAAAAAACUUAAUCCAUAUAAUGUGUCUACCAUGUUGAUAUAAUUAAGGUGUGUUUUGACUGAUGCCAUAGUUGGGGUUGCAAGGUUGUGAAUGGUAAGGUAAAAUGCUUGUGUGUGGUAUGAUAUUGAUGAAUUAGAUUCUCAAUCUAUAUAUUGUUUACAGUCCGUGUUGUAGGCGUGCGUCCGCCCGCAUCUAUAAUUUCUCUUCAUGUAAUCAUAUCCUUGUGAUUGAACUCUGUGAUUUCUGCUAA